GGGAGGCGGAGCCGGGCGGCGGCAGCGGCGGCGCGGAGCAGGUGAGGCCGGGGCCGGUGCGGGGCCCCCGGCCACCCUCGCAGCAGGUCGCCAGGCAGAAUCUCACUGCUGAGGACCCCUCACUCUGCUGAGGGCAGGGCCCGCUGCCUCCACGAUGGCAAGAUGGCUGCCCCGCUCCACUGCCCUGACCCGCUUCUGCCAGAAGCUCAACCGGGUGAAGACCCUGGAGGACGACAUGAUGGAGACAUCCUUUAACAGAUGCCUUUCCACCAUUGACUUGACGCUGCUGGGCAUCGGGGGCAUGGUGGGCUCCGGGCUGUACGUCCUCACAGGCACUGUGGCCAAGGAGAUUGCCGGCCCUGCCGUCAUCGUCUCCUUCAUCAUUGCUGGCUUUGCCUCACUCCUGGCUGCUUUCUGCUAUGCUGAGUUUGGAGCCCGCGUGCCCAAGACAGGCUCUGCCUACAUGUUCACUUACGUGUCUGUGGGUGAAAUCUGGGCUUUCCUUAUCGGCUGGAACGUGCUGCUGGAGUACAUGAUUGGGGGGGCCGCAGUGGCCAGGGCCUGGAGUGGCUAUCUGGACUCCAUCUUUGACCACAAGAUCAAGAACUUCACCGAGACCCAUGUGGGUGCCUGGCAGGUGCCGUUCCUGGCCCGCUAUCCAGACUUCCUGGCAGCUGCCAUCCUGCUGGUAGCUACCAUCUUCAUCUCCUUUGGGGCCAAAGUGUCCUCCUGGCUCAACCAUGUCUUCUCGGCCAUCAGCAUGGGCGUCAUCCUCUUCAUCCUCGUUAUGGGCUUUGUCCUUGCACAGCCCAAGAACUGGAGCACCCAGGAGGGUGGCUUUGCCCCAUAUGGGCUGUCGGGCAUCAUGGCUGGCACAGCCACCUGCUUCUAUGCCUUUGUGGGCUUUGACGUCAUCGCAGCCUCCAGCGAAGAGGCCAGGAACCCGCAGAGGGCUGUCCCCAGGGCCAUUGCUUUCUCCUUGGGGCUGGCCACUGGUGCCUAUAUCCUUGUGUCAGUUGUGCUGACGCUGAUGGUGCCCUGGCACACACUGGACCCUGACUCUGCCCUGGCUGAUGCGUUCUACAGGAGGGGCUACGCCUGGGCAGGGUUUCUGGUGGCUGCUGGCUCCAUCUGUGCAAUGAACACAGUUCUACUGAGCAACCUCUUCUCCCUGCCACGCAUUGUCUACGCCAUGGCCGAGGAUGGGCUCUUCUUUCAGGUUUUCUCCCGAGUGCACCCCUGCACACAGGUGCCCGUGGUCGGCAUCGUGGUCUUCGGGCUGCUUAUGGCCCUGCUGGCCCUCAUCUUUGACCUAGAGGCCCUGGUGCAGUUCCUAUCCAUAGGCACUCUGCUGGCCUACACCUUCGUGGCUGCCAGCAUCAUUGUCCUGCGCUUCCAGCAGCAGAAGGGGGAUGUCCCCGCACCAGGGCCCAGCGGCCAGCCCAGCACUGAGCCCCAUGAGGGCCCAUCUGGGGGAGAGCUGAAGGAGUACGAGUCCUUCUCUGACAAGCUGCACCUGGUGGACAGGGACAAGAGCAAAGAGCAGCGGGAGCCGGGGCAGCUGAAGGCAGCUUUUGAGCCCUACCUGGAGUUCCUCAGCGACUUCUACCCGGGUGAGGUGGUCACAAUAGCUGUGGUGACCUUGAUGGUGUCUGCCAUCUGCCUCUGCUCUAUCUUAGUGUUUGGCAAUACCCACCUCCACCUGCCUACCUGGAGCUACUCCCUGCUGCUGGUCCUCUUCAGUCUGGGCUUCCUGCUCAGCCUCCUCCUCAUCUGGGCACAUGAGCAGCAGCACAGCACCCAGACCUUCCAGGUCUCACCCCUGCCAGCUCCUUUUCUCCGGCAGAUCCCCCUGGUACCCCUCUCCCCAGCACUGAGCAUCAUCCUCAACAUCUACCUGAUGCUGAAGCUCAGUUACAUGACAUGGCUCCGCUUCACCAUCUGGCUGCUCUUGGGCUUGUUCGUCUAUUUUGGCUACGGCAUCUGGCACAGCAAGGAGAACCUGCGGGAGCCACGAGCCCAGCGUGUCAGUGCCCGCUACGUGGUGUUCCCGGGUGGCAGCCUGGAGGAGAGGGUGCAAGCAGUCCAGCCCAGCAGCCAGCCUGCCACCAGGCUGCCAGACACCGACAGCGAGGACUGCAAGAGAUGACACCCCUGGCAACGGGGGCACCUGGAGAUGGGAGUGUCGGAAUCUCCUCCCGCAGUGAGGCGAGAGCCCCACCCCCCUCCUCCUGGUCCCUCUGACUGCAGAGCCACUGGGGCUGCCCUGGGUGUGGGGCUCCACCUGGAGAGGAUGAGGGUGCUCACCCUUCCCCACACGCUUCUGACAGAUUAUGGAGGGGCCAGCUUCCUCCCUCCCCUCCCCUGCACUCAAGAGCUGGGUCUCAGCCCAGUGCCUGCCCUGCUCAUGAGGAGCUGUGUCCUUGUUCACCUCUCCCCGAGCACACCCUGGCACUGUGUGGUACAUCUCCUGUCUGCCAGCACAUCUGUGCAGCUGGGCAUGCAGAGGUUCCGCAGGGACCAGGACAGGCAGCCCAAUUGCUGUCCAUGCCAACUCUCAUCCUGAGUGCAGCCCCCCUGCCUCCUGCAGAGUCUCCUUGUGAAGGAGGCAAGGGCCAGUCAUGCAUCCCCACAGGCACCCUGCCAUCCCUAUCCCCAGGGCUGCUCUCCUCAGCGGCUGGGGCUGAGGGAGCUGAGGGGCAGCUGGAGACAUGACAUGGAGAAGGGAUAGGGCCAGAGUGGGUGGCUGGGAAGGCACCCCAGGAAAGCCAGUGGAGGCUGGCACAGCAAGAGCCCAGCUGCAUCUUCCCAGCCGCUGGAAUUGGCUGUCUGAGGAGUGGACUGGGGGCCAUGCCCACAGGAAGACACUGCCAUGGCCAGGCUCUUGCCCCAGUCCUGAGCAGGGUAUGGGUGCUCAGGACCCCAGGUAUAUUGCCUUGUCCUUGGGGGUCCCCAGUGGCAUCCCUGGGCUGGUCUGCCUGGAGCCAGCUCCCUACUUCUCCUGCACCCCAGCAGCACCACCUGCCCCACCAUGGGGACUCAACCCUCACGACACCCCUUCCAGGCUCUCUGGGACUUCAGACAGGCUCACAAGGUGCUUUUUCAGUAUUGCCCCCCUCCCCAGCAAUCAUCCCCAUACUUUGGGGUCACCCCAGCUGCAAGGAUGCCAUAGCGGGUCCCCAGCAGCACUGCUGCAGCCACCCCUGGCUGUUUUGCCCACAAGCCCAUGGUCAGUCAAGUGUGAGGCUGCCAACUUGACAGGCCUUGCAGCAUGGACACCCUGCUCCAUCCUCAUCCUCUGCAUGCUGUGAGGAGCUGGGGACUGUGACCAAGCUGUUCCAUUACUUCUUGCUGGCCAGUCCCUGGGGGACCCUCAGUAGGAUACGCUGGCUCUGGUGAACCCCUCUGUCUGCCAGCACUGCUCCAUGUCCCACCUCGUCGCUGCGCAGCCGCCACCAGUGCUAUGGCCCCGCUUGGCACCUCUGUGUCGUGGCUUGUGAGCAACAGGCUGAUUUGGUCAUCCUCAUAAACACUGAUUCUGCCGUGA